AUGACUGACUAUCCAAAAGAGUUGGACCAAAAAAUAGUUUUGGGAAAUACCAAUACAGGAAGAUCUAAUCCUAGUUAUGACCCAGAAAAAGGCAGGGAAAGCCUAGCUAAAGAAGAGCAAGAAAAAUUUGACACCCUGACUGAACCAGUCUGAGAGACUAUUAAGAGAGAUCUAUUGAUGAUCUGGGUCAAACUAACUUAUGUCAUGGUACCCAGGACGAUGAUUAAGGAAAAAGCAAAGCAGCUCCGAGACUGGGAUUUAUGGGGCCCAUUAGUCCUCUGUCUGCUCCUUUCUCUUUGCCUCAGUUUUUCUGCUAAUACAGAUGAUGGAACAUUGGUUUUCCAAAUAGUAUUCAUAAUCGUUUGGGCUGGAGCAGCAAUCGUCGCUAUUAAUGGACAACUUCUUGGCGGAAAUAUCUCAUUCUUCCAAAGUGUAUGUGUUCUUGGAUACUGCUUAUUCCCUCUGACUGUCGCAGCCUUUGUCAACAUGAUGUUCUUACAAUUCGUCUACUUCUUCAUCAGAGUGAUCGUAGUUGGUGUGGCUUUUAUCUGGUCAUCUUACUCUUCUGUUGGAUUCAUUGCAGAAAUGGUCGUUCCCGAGAAAAAGGGAUUAGCAGCUUUCCCAGUAUUUCUGUUCUACCUAUUCCUCUCAUGGUUCAUCCUAUUGUAA